CCGGCAGAGUCGUUAAAGUUGUUUACAAAUGGAGGAUAAAUCGCGCGUUUGCAAGUGGGUUCAACUGAAUUCUACGCAUACAACUUAAAUUUGUGUUUCCAGACAGUGUGAGUCAGUGGUGGAUGUGUUCCUCAAGUUAGACCAGUCUGACCAGUCUCCGCUAACACUACCAAGCAGUACCACUCACUGUAGUACCAAGCCACAACAUGGGCUUCCAGCUGAAGAUAGUGUUUCCCCCCACAGAGGCAGUAUGAGUACACACGGAACUCCCAAGGUGCCAGGGAACUCAAGUAAUGGCAGCAAUCUUCCUGAGGCACGGACCUCCUUCCAGUCCACCUCUCCUAGGGCCAUCAUGUCUUCUCCUGCUGGAGACACUGCUCAGUCCAAAGAACCUCAAGAUGUCCAGAGCACUGAUGAACAUGAAGUCACAGAGAAGGAGCUUCUGCAGCAACCAAGUCAGUCUGACUCAGUAAGUGAGGAGUUUCAGUAUCAAACUGCUGCGUCUUCCUUUGAAAACCUCCAACCCCAGAUGGCCUCUACACCUGUCAAAGGGGGGAGAAAUGUAUCUAUGACGAAGAUGCUGAUGAGUUCGGAGCAAUAUUUUAGUGCCCUGGAGCUGACAAAUGACACUACAUAUGAGACAGAAAGAGCCUAUGAGGACAAUCCAGUGGAAGAGGAGAAACCUUCUCUGUCCCAAUACACCCCUGCGAGAGAAAGUCUGCACAAUAGUAGGGAAGAAACUGUUGUUGAUAAAAAGGAGAGUGUAUCUUCAAGUGUAGAAAUCAUUGAGAAAUACAGUGGGCCUGGUGCUCUGACAGAUUUUGUAAAUCCAUAUAAACUUGGUGUUAGGUCCAGUACAGAAUCAAAAGAUUCGGAUCAGAAUGAAAGUAGCGAGGAUGUUUCAAAUGAUAAGGAUGCUGCAGUCAACUCAGAUGUAAGCAUGUCAGAUGUUAAAUCACAAGGAAGCAUUGAAGAUGAUCCUGAAACUGGAAUAAGAGGUGGCUGUCGACCAAAGACAGCUGUGGGCCAAUUACAAAAAGAAAGUGAUAGUAGCAUACUUCUACAACGGAAAGGGAGUAAUCUGAAGAUGAGGACAUUAUCUAGCGCUGAUAUCACAGUUGUAAAAGAUGCUGAAAGUACAGCAAAAACACAUGGUGUCAAGGAAACUAUAUCUUAUGUCAGUAGGCCAUCUGUAGUAGGUCAUUCUGUUGAUUCCAUUGUUCAUCAUACAAGUCCAAGUCCAAGAAAGAUACAGUCUGAAAAUUAUGCCUCUAUUGAUCCUACUACAAGAGAAACUGUUAAAAAAAGCCAGUCCAUUCAGGUAAAAAAAACUGUCAAUACCGGUAAUGUUCAUGGUCAUGCUAUGCAAAGUGAAAUCUCUGAAAAGACCAAUGUCACGCCAGAGGUUGAAAAGUUGAAGAAAAUAAAACUCCUUGAAAUUAAGAUGGAUGAUACGGAAAAGAAAAUUGAUAAAAAGGAUAAUACAGAUCGUAAGGCAUUUCUUAAAGAUGAGAAACCGGAUGUCAGGUCUGCAGCUGAUACCGGUGGUAAAAAAGUUGUCAGUAACAUUUUGAGUGAUGGACGAUUGGGUGCUCGUAUUGGUGCACAGGCUAGUCGAAAGCAGGCUUCAUCAAGACACAUGACUCCACAAACAGGCACUGCGAUUGGUUUACGGCCCAGUGUGGGGGAAUAUAAAUCUCCAGGGCUGCUUCUUCGUGAAAAGCAACGUAAAGAGGCAGAGAGAAAUCUAUUUUCAAAUGACGAAGGCUCUUCAAAACCACCUGUGAUAAUUUCGUACUGGAGGAAAGGUGACAAGGUGAUGUCACCUCUUGCAAAAUCUAAAAAUACAGAAAAUAAUGGCAAUGAAUCUGUUUCAACACAAAGUUUUAGCUCUGAUAACAGUGACCAUAGCAGUACGUCCAAUAUUUCAGAGCAUGCAGCAAAAUCUGUUUUUUCCGGUCCUGGGGAUAAAGUCCAGAUGGUUGGAGACUUGGUGUCUCAUUAUAGUGGAGAAAAGUAUAAUACUCCCCUGAAGCUUCUUCAGAGACAUGUGGACAGGAUGAGAAGCACUUCACAGGAAAAGUUCAAGAAAGAGGAAAAAGGAUUUAAACAAGACAGUACAACAUCUAAAUAUGCAGUUGAUGAGUCUGUGACAUGUGACUCCCCAAUCAUUCUUAAUGAAGAACAGGAGAGAGAUGGAAAGUCUCAAGAGCCUUUGGAAAAGGAUGUGUCUAGUGAGCAAGAAUUUGAAAUCUCAGAAAAAAAGUCUAAUAGUACAAACGAAUAUGAGGGAACUUCUGAAAUAUCAGAUAGUCAAAGAGAAAUAAGACCAAGUAAAAUCAUAGACAUUGCAUUCUCAAAAGAAAAUGAUCCAAAAAAGUAUCUACUAGAUAAAGAUGAACAAAAGUCAAAACAGACUGAUAGUACAGCUACCAUAUCAGAGUAUACAACUCCUUCAAAGUUGUUGCAAAAGUAUCAAGAGAGAGAAGGGGUUCAGAUGAACAGUCCUGGAUAUGGAGCUUUUGAGUACUCAACUCCAUCCACACUGAUACAGACAAGAGAGUCUGAGCCUUCCACUCAGCACCCAGACCACAAGGAAAGUCUUCUGGAUUACACAACUCCUUCAAAGUUGUUGCAAAAGAAUCAAGAGAGAGAAGGGGUUCAGAUGAAUAGUCCUGGAUAUGGAGCUUUUGAGGACUCAACUCCAUCCACACUGAUACAGAGAAGAGAGUCUGAGCCUUCCACUCAGCAUCCAGACCACAAGGCAAGUCUUCCAGAUUACACAACUCCUUCAAAGUUGUUGCAAAAGUAUCAAGAGAGAGAAGGGGUUCAGAUGAAUAGUCCUGGAUAUGGAGCUUUUGAGUACUCAACUCCAUCCACACUGAUACAGAGAAGAGAGUCUGAGCCUUCCACUCAGCAUCCAGACCACAAGGAAAGUCUUCUGGAUUCCACAACUCCUUCAAAGUUGUUGCAAAAGAAUCAAGAGAGAGAAGGGGUUCAGAUGAAUAGUCCUGGAUAUGGAGCUUUUGAGGACUCAACUCCAUCCACACUGAUACAGAGAAGAGAGUCUGAGCCUUCCACUCAGCAUCCAGACCACAAGGCAAGUCUUCCAGAUUACACAACUCCUUCAAAGUUGUUGCAAAAGUAUCAAGAGAGAGAAGGGGUUCAGAUGAAUAGUCCUGGAUAUGGAGCUUUUGAGUACUCAACUCCAUCCACACUGAUACAGAGAAGAGAGUCUGAGCCUUCCACUCAGCAUCCAGACCACAAGGAAAGUCUUCUGGAUUCCACAACUCCUUCAAAAUUGUUGCAAAAGAAUCAAGAGAGAGAAGGGGUUCAGAUGAAUAGUCCUGGAUAUGGAGCUUUUGAGGACUCAACUCCAUCCACACUGAUACAGACAAGAGAGUCUGAGCCUUCCACUCAGCAUCCAGACCACAAGGCAAGUCUUCCAGAUUACACAACUCCUUCAAAGUUGUUGAAAAAGUAUCAAGAGAGAGAAGGGGUUCAGAUGAACAGUCCUGGAUAUGGAGCUUUUGAGUACUCAACUCCAUCCACACUGAUACAGACAAGAGAGUCUGAGCCUUCCACUCAGCAUCCAGACCACAAGGAAAGUCUUCUGGAUUACACAACUCCUUCAAAAUUGUUGCAAAAGAAUCAAGAGAGAGAAGGGGUUCAGAUGAAUAGUCCUGGAUAUGGAGCUUUUGAGUACUCAACUCCAUCCACACUGAUACAGAGAAGAGAGUCUGAGCCUUCCACUCAGCAUCCAGACCACAAGGCAAGUCUUCCAGAUUACACAACUCCUUCAAAGUUGUUGCAAAAUUAUCAAGAGAGAGAAGGGGUUCAGAUGAAUAGUCCUGGAUAUGGAGCUUUUGAGUACUCAACUCCAUCCACACUGAUACAGAGAAGAGAGUCUGAGCCUUCCACUCAGCAUCCAGACAACACAACUACUUCAGAGUUGAACAGAAGAAGUCUUGAAGCAAAUAAAAGUCAUGAGAGAAACCCAGGCUUUUAUUUUUUCAACUAUUCAACACCAUCACAGAUGGUUGAGAAGAGGCAGCAACAAAAUCAAAUUCCUGUUAGCAAUACAAGUUUCCCGGAUAAUACAACACCAUCUCAACUUCUCAGAAGUGAGCAAGAUCUUGAAGAAAGGAGGAGGAAGAGUCCUGGAUAUGGAGUGUUUGAUUAUACUACACCCUCACAGUUGAUGUGGGCAAGAGAGAAUGCACCAUCAGGUAGUGGACUUCAGAACCAACAUGUCAAUUCAAGAGGGUCAGAUUCACAUGUUUCUCAGGCAAAACCUCUUUUUCCAGGACUUGGGACAUUUUCAUAUACUACUCCCUCACAACUUGGAAUGCAGAGUCAACCAUCUUCCCCAGCCUGCUUAGAGCACAGGGACUCAGGCCUCUUACAGACAGAUGGAAGCAGACCUGGAACCAAGCAGGAUUUGGAUCCUGCUCUGAGUGAUAUCACAACAUAUUUCAGAGAAUUAUCAGACAGGCUGAUAAGUGUAUUCCCGGAGUCUUUCAGUGAACCAGACUUCAUAAAACAACACCCUGUUUUCUCUGGAAACAGAUUCUGUCCACAAAACACAGACAGCUAUUCAGACACUGGUCAGAGACAACCAAUGCCAAGUCAACCUCUCUCUGUCACAGGCUCUACUUAUUCCCAUAAAACCUACAGCCCAGCUACAGGAAUGUCCACAGACUCUGGCUUUGGACACUCAGGCAGAGAUUCUGCAUCUUCUCUGAGCUAUCCAGAUUCUGUUUUCACUCCUAGAGACUCUUCACUGAGGGUGACAUCUAAUCUCAGUUUUGAUGCUUACUCAGAUGAUGAAGAACAUCCUUCGGAAGAGAAGAGAACCAUGCCAAAAAGUUUGCAUUUAGCUCUGUCAGCCAAUGAAAUAUUCUGGAAACUAUUCAGUGCCAACCCAAGCCUAUCCCUGCAUGUGCUGGGGUCUGAGUUUGACACAGCUCUGCACACCCUGAACCAACUGUACAGUAGCUAUUGCUCCGGACACCCAUCUACUCCUCCUAUUCCUGUCAACCCUGUGGUCCCUAGAGGUCCAGUCUCAGCUUCUGCUCUCUCUACCACAUCUGUCAACCCUGCUGCACCCUAUCCCUUCCACAUGACACCUGAUAGACAUACAAGUCAGGAGGAGAACUUCCACACUGACGAGGAUGAGUCCAGGCCAGGUGACGUUCAGCGCAAGAUGUCUUCCUCCAUGUCAGUCAGCCCUCAUACAUCAGACAUCCGAAACUUUAUGGUGGAGAAGGAGAAGAUGGAGAGCCAGAUGCGGAAGCUGCAGGUGGAGAACUCGACCCUGGUGAUGGAGAACAAGUUGAUGAAGGAGAAGUUCAACAGGGCCUCCGCCAAAGUUACUGAACUGGAACAGAAGUUGAGCUCUGCCCACAAUGAGAUGGACAGCCUCCAAACCAGCAUGACUACAGAGAUCUCUACCCUGUAUGACAAGACACGAUCCGAGGCACAGCGAGACAUGGACCAGUUUCAGACCAGGAUUGUCUCCCUUACACGCCAUAACGAUACUCUACAGGCAGAGGUGCUAAGUCUUGAGAAGCUGCUGGAGUCCUCCCAGAGAGAGGCUGAUGCUAUCAGGACCAGUGCUGAGAGAUCCAGGGCCUUUGAAGCAUAUAAGAUUGAGGCCAAUUCCCUCAAGAGUGAGCUGGAUCAUGUGAAGAUGCUGCUUCAGCAGAGUGAGAGUCAGGUGAAGGCUGAGAUUGACCGGGCCCAGAAUGCCCAGCACCAGGUUGUGAAACUGACUGAGAUCAGGAACCUUCUCCAGCAGCAGAUAGAUUCAGGAGGGGUGGGUUCAUCGGUUGCUGAGAAACAGGUGCAAGCAUUAGAGCAACGACUUCGAGUGACGGAAGACCGACUGCACCAGGAGAGAGCUGAUCGGGCCAAUAGCCUCUCUACAGUGGAAGAAAAGCUCUUAACUGAGAAUGCUCGUUUACAGUCAUCAGAGAAAGAGCUGACAAGGCAGCUUCACAGAGAGAAGGAUAAGUCACGGAACCUAGACCAGAGAUGCCGCGAGCUGAAGGUUGAUAAUGAGAACCUACGUCUCUCAGUCCCCCUCGAUGACUCCUACCUCAUCAACGAUAACACCAACAUUCCAUGCAACAAGCAAUCCUCACAGAAACAAGACCAAAAAAAGGUCUCCGACAUCAAGUACAUCCUGUCUCAGGUGGAAAAGCAGGCAGGAUUGACCGCAGGUCAGGAGAAGGAGAUCAUCUGUCAUCUGUGGAACACGCGUGACUCUGCAAGAUGCCAGCUGCAGCUGUGGGAGCUGCAUCUACAGGACCUGGAGCUGUGUGGGGAGGAUGUGGAGCAAGGGCUGCAGAACCUGCGAGAGAUGAAGGGGGAAUAUGAGAACAAGUUGCAUCAUGUCGAGGAGAAGAUCGAGGACAUCCGCUCCGAGAAGAUGGCCUUUGAGAACAUGUACAAGGAGCAGCUGUCGGUGUUGGUGAAGGAGAAGCACGAGGCGUGUGCUCGGCUCCAGACACUGGAGGACAUGAUGGAAGCCAUGAAGAAAGAGAAUGACAUGCUACGACUCAGUCUGGCCUCAGCAGUUCCUGACUGUAAUGCAGAGAGAGUCUCGGCAGAACAGGAAGCUCGUGUGGAGCACCUGACGCUAGAGAUCCACAACCUCACAGGGCAGACAUCACAGCUGCAGCGGAACACCCAGCAGAUGCAGACAGAGAUAGAGACACUGCAGUCACAGCUGAAGUCCCGGGACCAGGAGCUGCUGGAGACCAGGUCGCAGCUGGACAUUGCCCACAGCCGCAAAACUGACGACUCUGACAACAGGAGGCAACACAAGAUCGACCAACUCACGGCUCAGGUCAGCAGUUUGCAAAAUGAGGUCAAGUCACUGAGUGACCGCUUGGGCAGUGCUACAGUGGAAAAGAACCACCUGGAGAAGCAGCUGGAGGACGCCAGCAGGCAGCUGACCCUCGCCAAGUCCCGAUCUAGGGACCUGAUGGCCGCUGGGAUCACUGAAGCCAAGGUGAGAAUGUUGGAGGGCGAGGUGGCACAGAAGGAGCGUGAGAUGCUGAAGAUGACAGCUCAGAUCCACGAGUCGGACAUGGCACUGCAGCAGACGAGGCAGGAUCUGGGCUUCCAUCAACAGCACAUUGCAGAUCUGGAGGGACAGGUGGAGAGCCUGGAGCAGCAGGUGAUGCAGCGAGGGCAGAUGCUGGAGACGGUGCGUGGGAAGGAGGAGGAGCAGCUCCAGCAGUUCCAGCUGGUGAAGUACUCGCUUGAUGCUGCCACCAACUCCCUGAACCAAUCCAGGGCAGAGUUCAACAUGAUUCAGCUCGAGCUGAGCAAGGAGCAGAGUCGGCGGGAGGCGGUGGAGAGAGAGCUGCAUCAUGCACGCCAGCCCCGGGAUCCCGAUGCCGAUGUGGUUACACCAGAAGCUGGAUCUGCCAUGGAGGUCCGAGUACAGGAACUGGAGAAUGAGCUGAAUCAAGUCCGUGGACAGCUGGUGGAUGCAGCCUCAGUCCUGCAGUGUAAGGAGGAGGAGCUGUCUGGGGAGAGGACGGAGAUGGCUCGUGCGAGGGAGGACCUGGAGAGGGAGAGGACCACAUCCUGCCAGAUGUCAGCGGAGAAGGUGCAGCUGCAUCAGCAGCUCCAGGCGCUGAGUGAGGAGAGGAAUAGUCUGCUGGAUGAGAAGGGUCAGGCAGAGGAGGACCUGGUCAAGCUAGAGAGCCGGCUGCAGGAGGUGGUGCACAAGUUCCAGAUGGAGGCCAGCAAGCAGCAUGACAACUUCAACACAGCCUACCCUGAGCCACAGACAGCACAGGACAAACAGAUGCUGUCAGAACUGAUGUCUCUUCGUCUGCUUGUGGGAGGAAGGGAGAAGGAAUCCAUGUCCCUCAAUGAUAAGAUCAGUCGUCAGCAGAUGGAGACAGGCUUCCUGCAGCAUCGUGUUGAGCUACUCCGCCAGGAGAACCAAUACAACCAAGAGGACGUCCGCUCCCUCAGCAGCCAGCUCCUCCAGAAGAUGAAAGAAAAGACAGCAACAGUGGAGCUCAACACAUACAUGGCCCGGGAGAAGUCGACCCUGCAGCAUGAGAACAAAGAACUGACUCGGGACAUCGAGCGGGAAAGAGACUUCGUCCGCAGGAGGAAGGCUGAGGUGUCAGAAGUCAUUAAGAAGAUGGAGAAGUCCGAGUCGAGUCAGCGUGACACUGUGCAGGAGCUGAACGAGAGACAGGGCCACAUCGCCAGUCUGGAGACAGAUUUACGCCAGGCCAAGCGGGAAAACACCUACCUUGACACGGAGAACCAACAGCUGAAGGUGAAGGUCGACCAGCUGAAGGAGGAGGUCCAGAAACUGACGUCAAUCAGUCACUCGCUGGAGAACAGACUGGAGAUGGAGCAGGCAUCGCUGGCUGGUGAGCGGGGGAACUAUGCCAAGAAGAAGGAGGAACUUGUGUCCACCCAACAUAAGUUAGAUACGCUGCAACGUGAGCAGAACAUGCUUCUCAAUAACCUGGACGCUGAGAGAAAGCAGUGUGAGCAACUCAAGGAGGAAGUUUCGUCAUGUGAAGCAUCGGAGAGGAGCCUGCAGGAACAGUUGAACUCACUCCAGGCAGACCACGACAGCCAGCGCGGCCAGAACCUGGCUCACAGAGACAAUCUGGAGCAGCUCAAGAAGGAGAAGACAGCAAUCUUCCAGGACUACCAGGAUGUGUGUCGGCAGCUGGGGGAGAAGGAGAAGAAGAUGUGUGACGUGAAGGAUGAGUGUGAGCGGAAGCUAGAGGCGGUGAAGAGAGAUGCAACACUGCAGCGGACCAGAAUGGACCAGGAACGGGAAUCCAUAGAAAGAGAUCUGAAGACUUACAAGGAGGAGAUCAGUGAGCUGAAUGAGAAGCUGAGACUGAAGGAUGUGCAACUCAACGCCUUCGGUCGGACUCUGACACAACUGGAAGAUGUCACUCGAGAGAAAAAGUCUUUAGAGGUGAAGGUUGAGAAGAUGGAGUCAGCUGCUGAGGAGACCAAGUAUCUGCUGGAGGCCAAUAGAACUGAGAUCUUGGGAAUGAAGGAGACCCACUCUCAGCUACAGGAGAGUCUGGCCAAGACGCAGAUGAACUACCUCAGUGCCCAAGAGCAGCUGCGGACUCACACCGACUCCACCGCCGGCCAGGUGCUGCACCUCAAACACACCAUCAGUGAACUCAAGACGCAGCAUGAAGGCGAGUUGGCUCAUCUCAGGGAGGCCCUCAACCAGGCGGAGGCAAAUCAUCGUUCUGUUGAGAUGUCCUUGAGAGAUGUUGCCGAGAAACGAGAUGAACUUGAUGCAGACAAGAAGAGCUUGGAGAGGUCAUUUGAGGAGGUUAAAGGUCAAGUGGCAGAGGAAGUCAUGAACAGAAAACUCCUGGAGCAGAGGUCGGAAUCACAGAAAUCCCAUCUCGAGAACACAAAGAAGAAGAAGCAUAGCCUGGAAGAGAAGACAGCUGAGCAGCUGGCACGACUGGCCAGAGUGGAGUCGGAGCUGCAGAUGGAGCGGGAAAGAGUGAUGACCUUGACUGGGCAGGUGCAGGAGCUGGAGGCGGGUCUCCAUGGCAACCAGUCAGCUGCUAAAGCUAAGCAGGAGCAGGUUGACAUACUACAGAGUGAGGUUGGCAAGCUCCAGCGUCUCCUUGACACACAGAAACAACAGCUUGGAGGCAAGUACCGCAAGGCCAACCUGGAGAUCAAACAACACCUAGAGACAAGUGAGACGGAGAAGGCAAAGCUGUCCCAGGAGGCCCAGCAGCUGUCCGUGCACCUGGAGCAGGCCCGGGAACAGAUCGCCAUUAAGAACAAGGAGAACCUUCGGCUGCAGGAGGAGAUCCUGUCUCUGGAGGACCAGGUGCGGGAGAACUCCUCCCAACUGAAGCAGGCCAUGGACUCUAUCCGCAUAGAGGAACAGAUGCAGUCAGAUCUCAACAGCAGGUUCAGCGAGCAGGAGGAGGAGCUCAGGAGACUCCGCACAUUCCUGGCCAGGAAGGCCGAAGAAGGAAGCAGCAGCGAGAGCAAGGGCAUGUGGCAGGAGAUGAACCGAGUGAUCCAGGACCUAAGUCGGCAGAUGCAUCAGCACAUGGAGUCCCAGAAAUGCAGCGACAAGGAGGCUCGGGACCGGGAGAUCAAGCUGGCCAACAGCUUCAAGAAGCAAGUCGCCACCCUGGAGUCUGAGCUGAAGACUGAGCGAGCUCUUCAUCAGAUCACAAGGAGCUCACUCAAGUCUCAGGAGGAUGACAACAGCAGGCUGAGGGACCAAAUGUUUUCAAUGAGACGCAAGAGUACCUCCCCGGAAAAGAAGUACAAGAGUCGCAGUGAAGAGAUCAACGAACUGAUAUCCCGCUCCCAGUCUCGUGCUCAGGCCAUACUGUCCUCCGGAGCAUAUACUGAUGGAACACUGAAGAACAUCAAUCCAACAAAAGACUACAACUUCAACUCUAAUGACCUUGACCGGAGCCAGUCUCCAGACACUGCCUCCCAGAUGAGUGACAUCUCCUGUGGCAGCAAUGGUCCCGUCUACCUAGCUUUCCUCAACUCCUCCGGGACCUGGCAAACUCCAGGAAGUGGAAAUGUCACACCAAGGAAAUCCCCAUGAUGAUUUCAAAUGACUGUAUCCCAUUCCACAAAGCAACCAUAGAGCUACAUACCUCCAGCGGUAGAAACACGACUUAGUCAUUUGCCCCAGUGAUGAUAGGAAUAGGCACAAGUUCCAAGUUGAAGUUAUUUCUACUAGUCCUAUCGAUACCCUAACUGUUGUGAAUUUUGGUUGGGACUUAAGGACUAGUGGCAGUUUCUAAUGCUGACAGCGUUAGCCGAUGUUGAGGUGUGUUCAGUUAUCGUAGCACAUGAUUACUUUGUGGAACAGGAGUCAGAAGUGUGAACUUCCACAAUAUAUGAACGCUUGGGACACCAAUAACAUUAACAAAUGUAUCUUGUUUAUACAUUCAAUGUCAUUCAAAUAUUUUACUGUUGUGAAGCGAUGUACUUUUCAUAACAUGAAGAUUAUGGAAGAAUGUCUUUGCCAGAAAAGAUGUUAUUUGUUCAUUUGUUCUCACUUUUAUGUUGCAUUGUUAGUAGAUUUUCAAAAAGUCAUUUUUAUCUAUGUUGUGAUAGGUCAGAGAUGAAGUCAAAAUGUUAAUGGUGCUUUUGCCGACUUUUCUGUUGAAGUUCAGAUAGUAUGGAUGAAAUCCAAAUAGGUUUGCAAAUAUUUACAAAAGAAAGUCAUUCCAGAGACAGAGGUCUUUCAUGAAUCUGUUUCACCGAAUAUUGGAAUACAGUCAAACACCAUUGUGUCAAACUUUGAAGUGCCAAUGUUGAUGUGCUGAACUUUCAGUUGUCUGAAAGUAAAAGAUUGGUCCCUGCGUAUUCCUUUAUUCGUCAUAUUUGGUUAAGUCGAACCUCUGAUAACUGGAAGUAUUUCCAUAGAUCCCUUAAACCUCGUCAUUCCUCACAAUUCCAUCCACUUUUGCCAGAAACAGAAGAAGUCAAUAUAAAUGGUUAUCUUAGCUCAAUAGGAAUAAACCAUUACAAUUGUUAUUGGCAGUUCCACAAAACUGUUCAAUACAAGGCAAUAUUUAAUGACUAUAAUCCAUUAGACUUAUUAGAAAUAUGGAUUACAUGUCGAAAAUAAUGUUUUACAUGCCUGAUACUUAAUUACAUAGUUGAUCUCUAAGAUCUUGGGUCAGUAUCUUUCUCUCAAAUCUUGCUCCUUCAGUAAAGAGUUUUUAGGUAAUGCUCCUGAUGCCUAGUGACAUGCUGUUGUGACACUGCAGAGAGGCACCCACACCAGGGCCUCAAGAUGCGUCUUUUAGUUCCAUGAUGGUGAAUAGCUGCUGUACUUUCCUAGAACCUGUGAUACAAUUAUUUAUUAAUUCAUUCAUUUCCAUUAUACAUAUGCUAUGUGAUUUUUUAGAAUGCUAAUAUUGUUAUAGUGUUAUGCCUAGCUGUGAUCUCUCCAUCAUUCCAUCAACAUCAUGUCCGACUGUGUUGUCAAUGUCCACAUGUGUUAUAUAGUACUCACUAUCUGCCAUAAUAGAUGUAUAAUAUAUUUACUGUACUCUUGAACAUGUGACCUGUGAAUGGACUUGUGUAAGGCUGAAGAAAACAUUGGUUCUUGGGUAACUAAUUGGUGCAUGUUGGUAACAUGUUUGUUUUAGUUUCAAAAAUACAAAAAAAACGUGUUUAUGUUUUGCAUGAAAACUAAAUGAAAUAGGUUCUUAAUGUGUGGAACCAGUCAUUUGAGAUGUCCCAAUUUAUUGUAAAUAGUCAUGUCCCUUAGUCAUGCCAGGAUCUGCAGAUUAAUGAUUCAAAUCCCUGAUUCUGCCUGGUCAGCGUUUUACUGUGCAUUUUGGUGUGACCAGAUUUAUUAUGGCAACGGACUGUACCACAUUGGACUUUUCCUCCAACAUUAAUCUCACUUUCAAUAGUUGGCUCAGUAUCUUUUUCACUUGUUAGUUUUCCCAGCUCAUAUAGAACAGAAAUGUGCAUUCCAAGUGGAUGUUGGUUUUGUAUUAUUUUGCUCACAUUUCUGUUUUGACAAGUGCUGUCUGUAGAUGUUGCAGUGUCUUCUAUAUCAGGUUGUUUUAGUUGAUGGUGCAAUAACCAGUCCAGGCUUGCAGUAUCAGUUACUGUAUUGAUUCAGAGAGCAAUAAGAUGUCCACAUGGCUGGUUAGGAAGGGUUAUGUUGUGCAUCUAUCAUAGUUAGGGAUGGAACUGCUAGAUACAGCAGUGGUGAGUCUGUGAUGGUCAAAGAGACCUGACCACACACUGACCAUCUGAACAAGGACAAGCAGAGCAGGCCAGUGACCUAGUCCCUCAUGUCAAUUAUCCUUUGCACCAUAUCUCACUCUCACCAUACAAAUAUUUCGCAGGCUGUCAGGGAAUCUGUUGUUAGUCCAGUAGACAUAGAAGCUCUGUGCUUGUAUUGUGUACCUUGUAUGUGAAUGUUGUAAGUUCUUUGACACACAUCAAAAUGUUCAACUGUGGUCCUAACAGUUCAUAUGUCAAAUUCAUCUUUACAGUUGGGAUUGUUGGUGCUAAAAGAAUUUUUUCGUUAGUUUUGGCUUGUUAUAGACCUGAGGUGGUGCAUAAAGAAAAGUUUUGCUUUUGCAAAUGAUGUACACAUGGGCUUCCUGUUACACAAACAGUGUAAACUGGUUCCUUAGUAUUUGUUAUUUGUUUAGAGAAUAGUGAGUAGAAUUUGACAACAAUCAAAAUAUUACCACUGAUAUUAUGAGGAAUGUGUCCCUCACAGUUGACCAACUAGUGCUCAGGUUGGUACUGUGGAUUUACAGUCAUGUCGUCAUAAGUUUCCAGAUAAAUGUUUCCAUGGAAUUCCCACAAUGCCUCCAUUAGUUGACUGCCACAUCUAGCAUUUCAUCACAGGAUGAUACAGACACAGUUUGUAAGUCAUUGUUCAGUGCAAAACUGGACUGAUAUACACUUAUCUAAAACUCUUCAGUCUCAACUUGGUUUUUUUAUAUUGAAUAUUCAGUAUGUAUUCACACUGGCAACAUGUCAGUAUAAUACAGUUUUAUUAAAUAAUUGCAAAAUAUAUUUAUACUUUUUUUAUUUUUUUUUAUUUUCACCAAAUAGCUGUUUGUAAAAACAACUUUCUAGUGCCAUGUUUCAUUUGUGACAUUUUCUUUUAAUUAGCAACUAAAUUGUCAAAUGAAAAAAAUAAUACAGAGGUUUGCAUUUCUAUACUCACACAAGGAUGUAUUCUAGACAAGACUUGCCUAAUACUUUAACAAGACACAUGGAAACGGAACUACCUAGUGGCAGAUUAACUCCAGUGUGUAUAUCCGUGUGGUGUAACCAAGUCAAGUAUAUAUCCAGCUUAUCUAUACAUAUUACUCCAUGCCCUUGCCCAUAUAAAGUCCACGUUUCCAAACAUCUGUGAUCUGUUACUACAUUGUUGUGAUGACAUAUGUGAUAUGUUCUAUCCGUCCUGUGAUCUGUACUUAGUUGCAAGGCAGGUUCUAGCAUUUCCCACCUUACCUUGCAAGCAGUUUGAUGGCGAUGGUGUCUAACGUAACAUGUUUCUACUGCCGUGCAUAACCAGCCUGUGUUGGCUGUAUGAAGUAUACUCAAUGUAACACUGUACACUAACUUACUCACUUUCUCAGGAAUAAAGUCAUGAAUGUGUA